GUGCGCGGGGGACGUUCGAUUUGCGUGUUUUUUUUUUCCCCUCCACAAGUCCCGCCUCCUGCGUCAGGAUUGGCUAGAAGCAGCUGGUGGUCUGCGGUCAGUCGGACACUGCAGCUGAGCAACCAUAGCAACCACAGUAAGCGGAGGAAUCCGCUUUGUAGGUUACUAAACACAUUACUCUUAUCUGAGUUGAGGAAGUUCUGACGUUUUCUUGCUUAAUUUUAGUCCCCCAUCUAGAAACACCAGUAUUGCAAAAAUGGGCUUUGACUUUCGCUCGCUGUCAGUAAUACCCAUCAGUCUGCAGGCUGAAGCGGAGGAGAGAUGGAAGACAGUCCGGAUGAAAACACAGCAUUAAUUAAAAACAAACCAGCCCAAAUCAGACAUGGCAGGCUAUUCCUGGCGGUGUUUUCAGCUGUUUUGGGCAAUUUUACUUUUGGGUUUGCCUUAGUGUUCCCCUCCCCUGUCAUCCCCCAGCUUCAAAAGGGUGAGGACCCUCGGCUGCAAAUGGACAUCCAUCAGAUAUCAUGGUUUGGUUCAGUUUUCACCCUUGGAGCAGCCUUCGGGGGUAUUAGUGCCAUGGUGCUGAAUGACAGAGUUGGGGGAAAAAUAAGCAUCAUGUUGUCAGGAGUACCAUCUGUUGUAGGUCUCCUUGUGAUGGGGGCUGCACAAAACUUUUGGAUGUUAUUAUGGGCCCGAUUUCUGACUGGAAUCGCUGGUGGUAUCACGGCUGGCUCUAUUCCUGUGUAUGUGUCAGAGAUUUCACACCUGUCUGUGAGAGUGCUGGGUUCAUAUCCUCAGAUCACAGCUGUCUUUGGAAGUCUAGCACUCUAUGCACUUGGCUUGGUUUUGCCGUGGAGGUGGCUGGCUGUGGCUGGGGAGAUCCCUGUUGUUAUCAUGAUAAUUUUGCUUUGCUUCAUGCCGACCUCCCCACGUUACCAUGUAAUGAAAGGAAACAGAGCAAAAGCAGUUAAAUCACUAGAAUGGCUCAGAGGCCCCAGUUCUGAUUACUUGACCGAGUUCAAUAAAAUUGAGCGCAGUAUCAAUUCUCAGGGCGCUAAAUGGAGUGAUCUUAAAAAACCUUUAUACUAUAAACCAAUUCUAAUCUCAGUCUUCAUGAGAUUCCUGCAGCAGAUGACUGGUAUAACCCCAAUUCUUGUAUAUCUGGAGCCCAUCUUCCACAUGACAGCUAUAUCACUAGAACUGAAAUAUGAUGCAGCGUUAGUGGGAGUUGUAAGAUUGAUGUCUGUUGUUAUCGCAGCCAGUUUGAUGGACAAAGCAGGCCGAAAGGCUCUACUGUUCACCUCAGGAUUUUUGAUGUAUAUAGCCACGCUUUCAAUGACCAUGUACACCCACAAAACACCGUGCAGCCAUGGCAAUCUUACCGUAACCGAGGGCUUGAAGAGCACUUAUGGAGGCUCAACAGGCCCUGCCUUCGAUCCAAUAACUCUAAUUACUCUAAUUAGCUCUAUGGUCAUCAUAUUUGGUGAGUUUUUAGGUUGGGGUCCAAUCACAUUGCUGCUAAUGUCAGAGAUUUUACCCUUGGGUGCGCGUGGUGUAGCAUCUGGUUUGUGUGUUGGUGUUAGCUGGAUCACAGCCUUCAUUCUGACGCAACUCUUCAUGCAUGUGGUGGAGGCCUAUGGACUCUUUGCACCUUUCCUGUUCUUCUGUGUCGUUUCUGUAGUGAAUAUAAUUUUCACAGCUAAAUGUGUGCCAGAAACUAAAGGUCGGACUCUGGAAGAAAUUAAGAACUAUUUCAGGACUGGCCGAACCUUCACUAUUCUUGAUGCAUAAUAUGUCCAUUUUGCAGCGAUACUGUGGCACUAUUUAAUCUACAGAGCCACAACAAAAGAAAUUAUGUUUCACCCAAGUUGUGAGUUUGCCAUCCAAGUUAAAUGUGGUGAGAUAAAAUGACUGGGUGAUGCCAAAUAAUACACAUUUAUAUAUUACACUGUCUUUAUAUAUAUAUUAAGAUAUACAUAAUUGCUUUAUGAAUGUUACUCUAAUGUAAAUACAUUAAUAUGUAAAAUCUGUCCAAUGUACAUUUAUAAGAAGGAUGUACUGUAUAGAGUCAUAUGAGUGUUCACUCAUCUAAAGGAUAUUAAUAAAUAUGUAUAUACUCUGUAUAUAUCAUGCUCUCAGUUUCUAUGUUAAAUAUGAACAUGUGGUUGGCACUUCACUUCUCUUUCACUGUUCUGCAAUUGUUAUCAUCAGUGUGACCAAACUAAACCUAUAUUGCACAGGAGCAAAAGUACAUUGAUACGAAGAAGUUCCCAUGGGUGUGGACCACAUCUAGAAUUGAGCAAGACUUCAGCAAAAUUAAUUCUGGCCUUUGUCAUGUCUUGAUACGUACAUAAAGAUUUUGGAUUAAU